AUGCUACGCAACCUUUUCACUCAGGUUGAAUUAGGAGACCGCACCCCAUCGCAGUUAUUGAGGCACAUGCGAACCUUACUGGGUGACAACAAAAUGCCCGAAAACAUUAUGCGGAGCUUAUGGCUGGACAAGUUACCCACUACAACAACACAAAUCCUCGCACCCAUGACGGAGGAAACGCAGACAGAAAAACUCGCGGACAUUGCAGAUCGGAUCCAUGAAAGUUUUUCGAAGCCGCAGGUGAACAUUCUUUCACCCUCUCUUUCUCAUCUCUCGCUCGCUACACAUAGUCCUAGUUUCUCUCACAUUCCCAGUUCCUUUCUUUCUCUUUUCUUCCGCAGCUUUUUCCACGGACAAUUUCAUUUUUCUCCAGAAAUCGUUUUGCAUUUUCUUCAAUUAACCUUUCCUUUUCUUCCUUUUGUUCUUUCUGAAAUUUCAGUUGUUCUUUCCGAAAAACUUCUUCACUCUCUUUUUGUUCUUUUUGAAGUCAGAAUUCCUUCGUUCAGAUCUCAUUACCAUGAAAAAAUUCAAAGACAACUAAGAGACACAAUCGAGAACUGUUAUAAACUCAGCUCCAAAAAUUUACCUAAAAUCCCAUCUUGGAUAAAAGCAAAUGAAUCAUGCGCAGAAACGUAUGAGGAAAAAAUCACAGUUGAUACAUGUGGAUAUGAUGAACACAAUGGCUACAUUUCAGGAGUUACACAUUUAGCUCCUUGUAAAUUUUUUUACACAGAAAAAAUUACAGCUAUUCAGUCAUAUGUCUAUGAAGGAACCUAUAUAUAUAUAUUGGGCACAAGCAAUGGACAUCUUUUAAAAAUUGCAAAUAUUGAAAAGUUCCAGUUAAUUAUGGAUAAUGACAUCAGCCAAGGCAGAGGUGAACCAAUUCAAAAAGACAUGGAACUGGACACCAAUAAAACUCAUGUUUAUGUCAUGAGUGGCUCAAAUGUGAUCCGAUUUCCUCUAAAAUCUUGCAGUAUUUAUACAAAUUGUUCCAGUUGUGUAACAAGUAAUCAUCCCCUCAACUGUGGCUGGUGUCAUGAUAAAUGCACAACAUCAAAUGAAUGCAGUAAUGGUUGGAGUCCGGACAGCUGUGUUCCUCAAAUUACAUCUAUCAGGCCAAUAAAAGGUCCAGUAGAAGGUGGUACAAAGUUGACAAUUAAAGGAAAAUAUUUUGCAAAUGGUAUUACUGAAAUGGAAAUCACUGUCAAAGUUGGCAAUGUACCUUGUUCAGUGAAGGAAUACAAUGCUACAACCAUUAUUUGCAACACAUCAAAGGACAAUAAAAACAAUAAAAAGGGAAACAUUCAUGUGAAAAUCAGGACCAUAAGUACUCAGACCAACCAAUUAAAGAUUGAAGGAGAAGACAUAAGUAAAGAAAUCUUCUACUUUUUGGUUCCAGAGAUCUACAAUUUCACUCCAACAUCUGGGCCCAAAUCUGGUGGCACAGAGUGCAACAUUACUGGUACCAAUUUGGACAUAGGAUCAACAUACAAUUUAUAUAUAGGUGACAAAGAAGUCUUAAUUCAAAUGAGAACACAAAACAAGAUCAUUGCCAUAACCAAAAAAGUGAACAGCUUAAUCACGAAUCAAUUAAAAUUACAAAUUGAUGGUAAAACUUUAUUUUCAAAAAAUUCCUACAGCUUUAAGCCUGAUCCUACAAUCGUUAAUGUCAAGCAUUCAACAAAUACAAUUAAAAGUGGUGGCAUUGAAAUAGUAUUUAUUGGGAAAAAUCUUAAUACUGUACAGAAUCCAAUGUUGAGCGGUGUUGUUGUGAAAACAAAAGCUCAUUUACCAGCUGAGAAAUGUACUGCAAAUAAAGAUGGCACCAAACUCUACUGCAAAACUCCUACCUUGAAUGACAGUUCAUCUGAUACCAUUUCUGUAGAUCUUCGAUUACACAUGGAUGGUGUAAAAGAAUUGUACAAUUUUGCUACCACAUACCCUAAAUACAGUCGAAUAAAUUAUUAUAAUGAUCCAGUUCUGUACAAGUUUGAUUCUGAACAGAAUAUUUUUUUCUAUGGCAAGACAAGCAAGCCAGUUGUAAUUAAGGGUAAUUAUAUCACUGAUAUUGUAAAGAAAGAGGAUAUCAACAUAACAAUUGGAUACAGAACCUGUCCAAUUACAUCACUGACAAACAAGGCCAUUUACUGUAAGCCUUCAUCAGUACCACCAGAGAAUGCAGAUCAGCAUAAGUUUCAAGUCCGAGUCAAAAUUGGUUACAGAAAUUAUAAUAUUGGUUGGCUCAUCUUUACCUCAUCCAGCUCAUCUCAAGUGAAUAUUCUUAUCAUUGUUCUGGUUGUGAUUUUAAUCUCUGUUGUCAGUGUUAUUACGGCCCUCUUUUACUACAUGUGGAAAAAGAAAUUGUUAUUCUUUAAGGAAAGGAGACGUUUACCUACAGCCAGGUACACAACAAAUGAUCAGGUCCACUUUGGUGAAAAUGGUAGAUUGAUUACUGCUGGUAAUGAAUACACAGAACGUCAAAACUUUCAACCUGUGGCAACAGUUGAUAGUGGAGCCACAAAUUGUCCAGGGAUUGAUGAAAAUAUUCUCUUAGUGUUAGGAGAUAAAAAACUUCUUAUCCCAAAAGAGUCAUUGCAAAUUACAGAAAAAAUUGGUCAAGGUCAUUUUGGCCGUGUUUAUCGUGCCUUGUAUCGAAAACCUGGGGAGAAGGGAGAAAUGUGUGUGGCUGUAAAAACUCUUCACAAAGAUCAUCCAAGAGAUAUGGAUGUUCAAGGAUUUUUGGAUGAAGCUUUAAUUAUGAAGGAUUUUGAUCAUGAAAAUAUUCUCUCCUUGAUUGGAAUCUGUUUAGGCAAAGACCACAUGCCAUUGGUAGUGCUCCCUUACAUGGCACAUGGGGAUCUUCUCUCAUACCUCAGAAAUGUAAACAAUCAACCAACAGUGAAAGAUUUAAUUGUAUUUGGCAUCAGCAUUGCAUCUGGGAUGGAUUAUUUGGCAAGCCUCAAGUUUGUCCAUCGAGAUUUGGCAGCUCGAAAUUGCAUGUUAAAUGAUAAACUAGUAGUAAAAGUAGCAGACUUUGGUUUGUCACGUGAUAUAUAUGAGCGGGAUUAUUACAGCAGUGAUAAUAAAAAAUCCAAGUUGCCUGUCAAGUGGAUGGCCUUAGAAAGUUUGGAAAAUGGCACCUACAAUACAAAAACAGAUGUUUGGUCAUAUGGUGUGGUGUUGUGGGAACUGUUUACUAGGGGAGUUAACCCAUACCCAACUGUUGACAACUGGGAUAUGCCAAAGUAUCUAAAAUUAGGUAGAAGAAUGGACAAACCUGAUUACUGUCCAAACAGAAUUUAUGAUAUUAUGCUUCGCUGUUGGGAAUUUGACCAGAACUUACGACCUGAUUUUGCAACAAUUAUUAAUGAACUAACUGAAUUGAGUGAAAUGGAGAAACACAAGGACCUCCCAUGUUAUCAAAAGACACCUUAUGAAAAUGUAGAAUAUUGA